GUUACCGGGGAGGAGCGCGGCUGAGGUGGGAGCGGGCGCCCCGCCUGCAGGGAUGGAGAAGAAGAAGAUUCGAAUGAAAUCCAAAGCUGCUGCUCCCAACCUGCUGCGUGCUCUGCACUCCCUGUACCAGUUCGGUCACCUCUGUGAUGUGAGGGUUCACACACAGCACCUGGGAAUUCAGGAGGAGUUCCUGGUGCACAAAGCUGUCCUGGCAGCUUCCAGCAACUAUUUCAAGGGGCUUUUCCUGCACGAUGAGAUGCUGGACACCACGAGCUGCACAGUGACUCUGCAGGACAUUUACACAGAGGAGUUCACCUCCUUCCUGGAGUUCAUUUACACUGCAGAAGUGGAGAUCGAGGCAGAAAAGCUGCAGCGGAUGAAAGAAAUAGCUGAAAGACUCGAAUGCAAGGAUUUGCUUGACAUCUGUGAGGAGGUGAAGGCAGAGGGCAGGAAGGGCUUGGAUCUGAGCCUUCACCUUACAGGUCAGCUGUGCACCGAGAGCGGGGGGCCACAGUGGUCGUGCAUGCAGCUGGAGGAGAACCACAAGCUGAGUAACUCAUCCCAAGUCAUGGCAAUGCCUGUGCAGAGGAAACUGUGGGAUAGGCAGAAGCAUAAAAAGCUGCUGGCUGGGUAUGAACUCAUUGAAGGGCAGCCAGUGAGCCUGGAGCAAGGGGACGUGGCUUUUCCAGACCCCAAACCCAGGGUGGCAAAGGUACCGAGGUGUAAGCAGGCGGGACCCAGAAGCAGAGUCAGUGUGGAUGUCAGUCUGCAAACCAAGAGCAGUGGUUCCCUGCUGAGCCAGGCCGAGUCACAGGAAGGCUGUGUCAUUAAGAACACUCUGUCUGAGCACUGGGAGGAGGAGAACACGUUGAUUUCCAAGCGUGCCACUAAACCAGGACGGAGGAAACCCCCUCGGCGUGUGAUGAAGGUGCUGCCACAGAUGGUGUGUGAGCAGCACAACGAGUCCCUCCGUGUCCCCGAGCAGCACCAGUCACACAUGGACCCCAAACCCAAGCCAAACCCGGCCAUCAAGUACAGCUGCAGCAGGUGUGAGCACCGGCAGCACCACCUCACUGUUCACGGCCACGAGCAGGGCUUCUCCUGCCUCUUCUGUGACAAGAGGUUUAAGCACCAGAAGGCCACAAGCGACCACAUGCAUAGGGUGCCCAGGCAACAGCAGCGUGCCCAGGCCUGCCCAUGCUGUGACAAUGUCGUCAGCUCCAAGUGUGCCCUGAGGGUCCACAUGCGAACACACACCGGGGAGAAGCCCUACAAGUGUGAGCGCUGCCCCACCAGCUUUGCUCACAGGUCUGCUUACAGUGCUCAUGUAAGGAAAACCCACGAGGCUGGGCAGCAGAGGCAGCUUCUGCCUGUCUAUUGGAUGGUGGUGCCACCUGAGCAUCAGCCAGACCCUGCGAGCUGUGACAGAGGUCCUGACACAGAGACGUGGGCUGGGGCAUCAGAGCAUGGAUGUGUGAGGCAUGAAGAGCCCACAGGUUGUGAGGAAGAACCUGGGGGUUCAUCUGCUGCUGGAGCAGACUGGAGCAGUGAGCAAGAGCAGGAGCAGAAGUGUGAGGAAGGUGAAGCAAGGUGUGAAGAUGUGGGUGAAGAUGAAGGUGAAAUGAGUGUGAAGGGCGAGGAGGUGGCAAAUGGUGAUGUGGGGGACUCAGAAGCUGAUGAUAGCAGAGACAACGAGGUCUGUACUGAGGAGGACGAUGAGGAGGAUGAAUACCCUAAUGAGAAGGAUGGUGAGGAACAGGAAUCAGAGGAAGAGUUUAAGGUAAAGAAGGUAAAUAAAAGCAGGAUGCAGAAGAAAUCUGCCUAUGUGAUCCGGUGUGAGAAGUGCAAGGAGCAGUUUGUAUCCCGGAAGAAGUACGUGGAUCACUGCAGAGAUGUCCACCAGUGCCUGCCAGGUAAGGUGUACCAGUGUGACAUCUGCAGCAAGUCCUUUGCCAGUUACAACAGCUGGAAGGAGCACCGGGCCUGUGUCCACACUGAGGAGAGGCAGUUUGCCUGCAGCCUCUGCAACGCCACUUUCAAAAGGAAGAGGGAUGUGAGGACACAUUCCAUGCGGAAGCACGAAGGCAGAGUCAAGCGCCCGCUCUGCUCCGUCUGUGGGAAGAUCCUGAGCUCCAGGACAGCCCUUGUGUUCCACAUGCGGACACACACGGGAGAGAAACCUUAUGAGUGUGGCAUUUGUCACUCCAGGUUCACUCAGCCGUCCCAGCUGAAGAUCCACACCAGGUCCCAUACAGGGGAAAAGCCAUAUAUCUGUGAGGACUGUGGGGCUAGCUUUGCUGACAAAGGGAAACUCACUGGCCACAAAAGGACCCACACAGGAGAGCGCCUCUUCAGAUGUGAUGUGUGUGGAAAACAUUUUGCCACCAACGAAUACCUGAAGUGCCAUAAAAGAUGCCACCUGGGAGCCAAACCCUACAAGUGUGGGGUGUGUGGGAAGACAUUUGGCUUGAGGGCCUCCCUGGCCCAGCACAGUAACGUCCAUGCAGAGACGCGCCCCUACUUCUGCGAGCAGUGCGGGAAGGCAUUCACCCAGCAGGGCGCGCUGCGCCGGCACCAGCGCAUCCACACCGGCGAGAAGCCCUACAAGUGCCGAGCCUGCGAGAGGACCUUCACCGACAUGUCCACCCUGCGCAGACACGUCUCGGUUCAUGACCGCAACGCUCACUGGAGAAGCUUCUUGAUAGACCUUACAACCAAAAAAGACCACAAUUGGUCCAAAAUAGAACCGUUCUCGGGGGCCUCUGUGGGUGAGGCCUGUGCUCCGGAGGUCUGGUCAGUUGACCAAGGUAAACUUUAUAAACCAGACAGCGCUGCUGUUGGGAAGUGGGACCCGAGGCCACCGAGUGUUGGUGACACAGAGGACACCGCUCCCACCCGUCCCUAUUUAUAA